GCGGCGCUCGCGCGGUGUCGCUGCUCCGGCGGGCCCGGCCCGGCCCCGAUCGCUCCGGGCCCGACCGGGGACCCCCGGACCCGCCGGGCCGGGCAGGGGCAGGGCCGGGCCGGGGGCCCCGACACGCUCCGGUCCCCGGGAAGGGCCGGGCCGGGGGCUCCGACACGCUUCGGGCUCCGGGAAGGGCCGGGCCGGGGGCCCCGGGCCGCAGCUCCCGGACGGCGGAGCCGGGAGCGCCUCAGGUGGAAGAUGGGAGUGUUCCCCUCGUGUUUUAGGUGAAGCCUGCUUGCCAUGAAGUCCCGAGGGAGCUAGAAGGACUGCAGUGGGAAUCCCUUCUCACUCCUCCACAAAUCCAACAACUGCCUAAUGGGAUUGCCUCUCUGCCUGGCGUCAUGGGGAGCUGCUGCAGCUGUCUGUGCACAGACAGCAUCCCAGACAACCAUCCCACCAAAUUCAAGGUGACCAACGUGGACGAUGAGGGGCACGAGCUGGGCUCGGGGGUGAUGGAGCUGACGCAGAGGGAGCUCAUCCUGCACACGCACAAGCGCGACGCCGUCAGGUGGCCCUACCUGAGCCUGCGCCGCUACGGCUUCGACUCCAACCUCUUCUCCUUCGAGAGCGGCCGCCGCUGCCACACCGGCCAGGGAAUUUUUGCCUUCAAGUGCUCCCGAGCAGAGGAGAUCUUCAACCUGCUGCAGGACCUGAUGCAGUGCAACAGCAUCAACGUGGUGGAGGAGCCGGUGGUGCUGACCAGGAACAGCCACCCCUCGGAUCGGGAGCGGGCCCGCAGCCCCCAGCGCCCCUCCAGUCUGGGCUACACUGGACUUCCCAAUGGAUUUCACAACUUCCCUGGAGAAUCCCUGUCCUUCUCUGCAGCCCGGCACCCCUCAGUGAGCAGCCUGAGGCAUUCCUCUGUGGGGGAAGACUCUACCCACCCCCUCCUGGGGCCUGAGGAGCAGUCCCACACCUACGUCAACACGGCCACCGGGGAGCCGGAGCCGAGGGGCCGGCACUGUAUGCACUCCUUGCCUGAAGCCCACCCUCCUUUCCCCCCUAGGAACCACAGCUGCUCCCUGGAAGACCGCAACCCCCAGGUCUUCCUGCAGCCAGGGGAGGUGAAAUUCGUGCUGGCUCCCAGCUCCGGCUACCGCCGGCUGUGCCGGCACCCCCGGGAAUGCCGGGCGCACCUCUGUCCCCCCAACAACAACAACAACGAGUGUCAGGAGGGGUGUCCGUCCCCACAGUGCGUCUACGAGAACCUCAACGGGCUGGUGGCCCCCGGCACCUCGUCCCUGUGCCGGGCUGGCCGCUCCAAGGCGGCCCGGGAGGACGGGAGCCGCAGCCAGCGCCGCUCGGCCCUGCUGCACUACGAGAACCUGCCGGCGCUGCCGCCGGUGUGGGAGCUGCAGCCGGGCCGGCACAGGGACGAGGAUGGCGGCACGGCACCCACACCGUCCCCCAAUGGCUUCUCCGAGGCCGGCGAGGAGGAGCCGCUGCAGAAUUCCAUGGGCUCGGAGAGCGCGGCCCUGCAGCCGCGCCGCUCCUUCCUGCCCCGAGCCCGGCGCAGCCGCCUGCCCAACGUCUUCAGCUUCGACUUCCCCCGGCCCUGCCCGGAGCCUCCACGGCAGCUCAACUACAUCCAGGUGGAGCUGGAGCCUGAGCCCUGCAAGGGCCACCAGGAGCCCCGGCUGGCACCUCCCGCCAGCCCCGCUGCCCGCCGCACCGACUCGUACGCCGUCAUCGACCUCAAAAAGACGGCGGCCAUGUCCAGCCUGCAGCGGGCCCUGCCCAGGGACGAUGGCACCUCGAGGAAAACGCGGCACAACAGCACUGACCUGCCCCUGUGA